GUCCAUAAUCAAAAGAAGGAAAAAACUGUUUGUGGCCCAGUUCAGUGAAAAUUUGAAAGUUUAGCGAUUGCUAGCAUUACUGAGAAAAUGAUGAAAGACGGAAAUGGAAACAGCAUCAAUUUCCUUUGUAGGGAAUCAAGAAACAGACGAGUUUUUGCUGCCGCCACAUGUCAAAGCACAAGCAGGGACUAUUCGCAAAGCAGAGAUUUUCCUCUCAACCCACCAGUUAGGAGCCAACAAGAAGCUGACGGUGUCCAUUCAUGAGACACGAACAAGUGUGAAAAUGUCUUCCCGACAACUGUCUUCGCAUCAGUCAGGAUGGUUGUCUCUUCCUGUGACCAGGAUUGUUAAACGGUGGAUCGCCCGUAAAGAUGCACCGUUGAGGUUCAAGGUUUUUGUCAAAUCAAGUGGUGGAUUUGCAACCGCUAUCACAGAUGAUGUGGAAAUUCCCAAGGUUUGGCUGGUUGUCUACAGCGAAGCCCAGCAGGGAGAGGCCUUUCCUUAUUUGACUUUCAAUCUGAAGACUAGCGGAUCCUCUGGUAGUAGAAUGAGACGCGACAAUUCACCCUCAAAGAUGGCCGCCAACGAGAAUCCCUGCAGAAAGGAAGACAUGGUCAUAGAAUCACUCGAAUUCGGUAAGACAGCUAAGGUCAUUUAUCCCAGAACCUUUAACGCAUACCAGUGUUCCGGAAACUGCUCCAGCAACACUGGAAAGGCACGAUUACCCUGCAGAAAGGAAGACAUGGUCAUAGAAUCACUCGAAUUCGGUAAGACAGCUAAGGUCAUUUAUCCCAGAACCUUUAACGCAUACCAGUGUUCCGGAAACUGCUCCAGCAACACUGGAAAGGCACGAUUCAUCAACCACUCUAUCCUAAAGGCGUUCGUGUCGCAGAAAAACGGAAUCAAAGGCAAAGAUGGGUCGUGCUGCAUUCCUUCCAAGCUGAAGCCGAUAACCUUGAUUUUAGUCACUGACAAAAAAGGCUACCUGAUUAAAACUAUUAGGGAUAUCGUUGUGGAGGAGUGCGGAUGUUACUAAAAGCUCUCCAGUCUGGUGUUAUUUGUGGUGUGCAUGUAAAAGCAUGCCUCGUAAAAGAUUAGAGCAAUAUAUCUAGAUUACGUGAAGAGGACAGUGACUUUGCCAUCAUUAAUUUUCUUUACAUGAGCAGCCGUACACACUAAAUACGGAGGUCUAGGGCUAGUUUCUUAAACAUAAAAUAUGACUGUAGUGGGUUUUCCGCGAACAGGAACAACAAUGGCGUUUUGUCUGCAUAAAAGUGGUAUAUCGCACAGAAAUAAAUAAUCAACGAAAUAACUAUUUUUUCUGUGUUCACCGAUUUUGAGGAUUCGUGAACACGUCUGUCUUACAUCAUGAUAAAGCCAAUAAUAACCGCGUUUUAAAUCUUAAAGGGGGUAUAGUAAUUACUACAGUUUUCAUGUCUCGUGGUGAAGUUCAUGUUGUACAAGGGUAAAUCAAAAUAAACAAGAUAUUACAAGCUCGUGAGGGAUUUCCUUUCUAUUUGUCCACAGAUAAUGGUUUGAUUUCCUCAAUCCACCAGCUAGAACACUAUACACCCAUUUCGUUCUAGAGCCCUCGUGGAUAGCUUCAUUUAACGCUAAGGCAACUCAAGCCGUUUACUGAAACAACCCGAUUAAUUAAGUUAGUCUUCUGCAUAAGCUUGCGACAUAAAGACGAGUUUUAUUUAUUCCUCUCUAUUCCUUUUUUUUUUCCUACCCCGGAGAUAUUAG